AGAGGGCUCGUCUUGCAAUGCUUGUUUAUAUUCAAAUGUUUAGAAUGUUUAUAUUCAACGGUUUGCAAUGUUUAUUUUCAAAGGGUUAGGAAGUUUACCUAAAGCCAGUCAGAGCAGUCCGAGUUCUAAAGCUCUCAAAUUCUGAAUUCGCACGUGCGAUUUUUACUCUGAGACCAUUUUCUACACUACGAUCAUCUCCAAAACCGAGUCUUUCGACCAUCAUGCCUGCACCACUUGUGCCUUCUCAGUGAUGAUCUUUAGUUGGGACGAAGCGCCGCAGCUCCAGGAGGACGAGCCUGAGACCGGAGUGAACGGACUGCCUGAUCUGCCUGACAGCAACGGCACAUGGAGGGAGGAAACUGUGGAGGAUGAGCAUGGGGAGAGGAGGAGACGGGGGGAGCAGGUGACUGAUGAAGAGGAUGACAUUGAAGAGUCCCCUCCCAGAAGAAGACAGUGUGUGGAGCAUGAGGAUGCUGACGAUGAGCCAAUUGAUUUCGCUAGUUUGGAGAGGAACUCGUCCCCUUUGUGGCGCUUAUCCCCUACUUUGGUGUUCGUUCCAUCUGCAGAUGCUCCCUCCAGCAGUGAGCAUUUCUGGUGGAUGAUGAUGAUGAGGGAGCAGAUGAACGAUGAAGAGGACAGUGAUGAAGAGGCCCCUCCUAGAAGAAGGCAGCAUGUGGAGCAGGAAGAUGACGACUAUGAGGUGUCUGAGCUCAGUAAUUCGGAGAGUAGCUCACCCCCUUUGUGGAGCUUAUUCCCAGCUUUGGAGUGUAUCCACAACAUGCAAGAGCACUCCAGCAGUGAGCAUUUCUGUGGGAGGAGGAGACGGAGGGAGCAGAUGACUGAAGAAGAUGACAGUGAUGAAGAGGCCCCUCCCAAAAGAAGACUGCGUGCGGAACGAGAGUAUGAUGAAGAUUGAGGUGUCUGAGCACACUUAUUUGGAGAGGAGCUCAUAGUAAGCCAUAACAUUAAAACCACUGACAGUUGAAGUGAAUAACAUUGAUUAUCUUAUUACAGUGGCAACUGUCAAGGGGUUCACUGAUGCUCACAUGCCCAUUGUAGGCAUUUUCGGUAGGUGACAGGGGUCAGCAUGGACACGCUGACCGGUCUGCGGCUAUAUAGCUCUUCUGUGAAUUUGGACCGGACGGCCUAGCCUUCGCUCCACAAGCAUCCGUGAGCCUUGUCGAUGGUUCACUAAUUGUCUUUCCAUGGACCACUUAACCACUGCAUAACAGGAGCACCUGAGAAGACCUGCCAUUUUGGAGAUGCUCUGACCCAAUCGUCUAGCCAUUACAAGUUGGCCCUUUUCCUGCUUCCAACACAUCAACUUGCUGUCUAAUAUAUCCCAUUGAAUAUCUCAUUACAAAGUCAAACCACUGUAAUGAGAUAUUCAAUGUCCGUCCUGUCCCGUCCCGUCAACCAGUCUGUAUGUUUGUAUACACCUGAUUUCAAAUCCCAAUUGUAAAAUAUAAAAUCUGUAAUGUCAAAAUCUACAUCAUCAAUUGCUACAUAGGCUAAAGACUUAGCUCAUACCUGUGUUAAAUGCAUAGGCUUUGUACAGUAGGAUUUGUAUUGUGUAUUCAGAGUAUAUGCAUUACUAUAAUGUAUAGUUAUUAAAUGUAUAUAUAUUAAAUGUGUAGGCUAGACAUAUUAGUGCUAAAGUGUGUGAUGUAUAUUUUAUGUUUAUUAAAUACAAUACUUUUUAUCAAUUAAUUGCUUUCUUGCAUUUUGUUUAAAUAAACAUCCCAAUAAUCAGAAAUAAUCAAUAAAUGACAAUUA